UACUAUAUCAAUCAAGAGUCAAGAUCCUUUAAAACCCUCCCAUCGAAAAAUCUAUAGCCCGGCCGGCCUCUAGUCGAGCUAUAAAUAAUCUAAACUAGCAUCGUAGUGCCAACACUUCCACAUACACAGUUUGUCCCAAACACGAGACUCUAAUCUGAGAUGGCUUACACUUUCCCUUCUAGUUCCACUGGAAGCACAAAGCCUCAUGCUGUUUGUACUAAUGUUGCCUCUCAAAGUCACAUUAAGGCGAUGCUCAAACUAGCCAAAAUCCUUCACCAUAGAGGUUUUCACAUUACCUUCGUCAACACAGAAUCCUACCACAAGCGUUUUCUUGAAUUUCAAGGACCCAAUUCCCUCAAUGGCUUACCUGAUUUUCGCUUUGAAACCCUUCCAGAUUCAGAUAAAAGUGCCCCCAGAAAUCAUCUGUUGGCUCCAUUUCGUGACCUGUUGAUGAAACUCAAUGACACUACUCCUCCAGUGACUUGCAUUGUUUCGAAUGGCUUCAUGUCCACAUUCACAAUCACUGCUGCAGAUGAACUAGAUAUUCCUAUUGCAUUGUUCUACAGUUUUGUUGCUUGCAGCUUCAUGGGAUUAAAGCAAUUCCGCACUUUGUGGGAAAAAGGCCUUGCACCACUUAAAGAUGAGAGCUGUUUGACAAAUGGAUUUUUGGACAAAGUUAUAGAAUGGAUUCCAGGAAUGAAGGACAUCUGUUUAAAACAUCUUCCAACCUUCUUUAGGACCACAAAUCCUGAUGACACCUUGUUCAACAUCUGCAUGGAAACAACAGAAGCAGCGGAUAGAGCUUCAGCAGUUGUUCUUCUCACUUUUGACGCUUUGGAAAAAGAUGUUGUGGAAGCUCUCUCCUCUUCUUUGUCUCCACCUAUUUAUACAAUUGGUCCUCUCCAAUUACUUCUCAACCAAAUACCAGAAAAGCCUUUGGAGGCUAUGGGAUACAACCUUUUGAAAGAAGAAACAGAAUGUCUCCAAUGGCUGAACUCAAAAGCUCCAAACUCAGUUAUUUAUGUAAAUUUUGGCAGCAUAGCCGUCUUGACAGUAGAACAGCUACUUGAGUUUGGAUGGGGAUUAGCAAAUACUAAGCUUCCAUUCUUCUGGGUUAUUAGGCCCGAUUUGGUUGUUGGCAAAUCACCGAUUUUGCCCCCAGAGUUCGAAGCUGAAACCAAAGACAGAGGUCUAAUCGCAAGUUGGUGCCCCCAAGAACAAGUCCUAAGCCACCCAACAGUUGGAGGGUUUCUAACACAUAGUGGUUGGAAUUCAACUAUUGAAAGUUUGACAGCUGGAGUGCCGAUGCUGUGUUGGCCAUUCUUUGCAGACCAGCAAACAAACAGUUACUACACUUGCAAUAAAUGGGGCAUUGGCAUGGAGAUAAAUAAUGAUGUCAAGAGAGGUGAUGUGGAAAAACUUGUAAAUGAGUUAAUGAAGGGAGAGAAGUGUAAGAAAAUGAAAAGCAAGGUCUUGGAGUGGAAGAAACUUGCGGAAGAAGCAACUGCUCCGCAUGGUUCUUCAUCAAUAAACUUAGACAAUCUAGUGAAUCAAGUGCUAUUGAGACAACGCUAGAUGUUACUUCAAGCAUAAGACAUCAUUUUGAUUAGGUUUUAGGAUCUAUAUCCGCUUGGUUGCCUACUCAAAACAUGACCGAUUCCAAUCCUAUAUAUUUCAGUUAGAAAUCCAUUCAUUAAAAAUGCUAUAUGCUUUAUUUGUCUGUGAUGCUGCUAUCUUGAAUGAACGUGGUUUUUGUUAAGUCAUGACCAUCAGUUAGACAACGAAGAGAAAUACAUUUCUUAUUAACUUA